AUGACCCCAUCGGCUGCGAUCGAGCUGGGACCAUCGUUAGAUCUGCGGUCCGAGUGGGGUAGUCAGGUCUGCCUCUGUGGCAAGCACCUCGACUACACCAUCAACGCAAUUGCACUUGCAAAAUGUUCUGCGGAAGGGACACUGGAUACUUCAUCGACCGAAGGUAGCCAAGUCGUUGUUAAGAAAACAACAGUAGACGAGGAUCAAUACGAUUAUGCCUUACGUGAAGCUCUGACCUUGUCACUACCGCCUCAAUAUCCGUUCAGACCACCCACUGUUCAAGAAUGCUUGUCGUACUUCGUUUUCAGUCCUAAGGUUCCAUCAAUGCGACCAACACGUAUUCAAAAAUCAAUCUGGUCACGAACAAUUACCAUACGAGUCCAACCUGCGAAGCUGCAGCGCCCAAGAACCGAACAGGAAUCUCUCCGUUCCAGAACGCAAAAGAUCUGUUGUUGUUCCAAACCUUGUGUAACAUGUGACAGCCAGAAAACCAUGCUCUUUGGAACAGGUACUUGGAGGGCUGAUUUUCUUGUCCUGCACGGCUAUCAACUUUGUCAAUUCUAUAGCAGUCAACAACUUUUCCCUAUUUCGCUCAAUUAUGUUCCGCCCGUGAAAUGCGUAGAUGAUUAUUGCUUCGAGGUGAAGGCAAAGUGUUACGCAGGUUGUCCUCAAUGUCCAGACGUUUGCCUAAAUUCAACCCUAUUGGAACGAGACUCAUGUAGAAACAACUAUGAACCACACUUCUAUUCAGCAGCUAUGGAGUACGAGCAGUACUGCAAGGACUUCUACAGGGCAUUUUCGUUCACGACAGCUCAAUAUAUCGGCGUUUUAUAUGUUUGGAAGGCGCACAAUACUUUUUAUCGCACUAACGAUAGGUAUACCAGACUUAGCACUAUGAGCAACAUUUGUAAAUUUGCCUAUUUUUUACCUAUUUCGGUUCCUCAUCGGCAUCAGCGUCGCAGAUGUGCAUCUCUUCAAACUAACGGACGCUUACUUAUGACUGCUUUGACGCAUGGAGGUUGGCUAGCUGGCACAUGGAGGUUAGCAACAUAUUAUCAUGCGUGUGCGUCACUUCUAGCACUAGCUGUCAUUUUUGUCCUACCGGAAAGUCCGCUGUGGCUGAGAAGAAAGGGAUACCAUGAAAGAGAAGAGAAGGCAAGAAGAAAGUUGACAUGGAUCAAAGGUCUGAAAUACAAGGAAGGUAAAGAAGAACUAAAGAAGGAGGAAACUGCACAACAACAAAUGUUGUUUUGCAAUGUUUUCAAUGAUGCUGAGCUUCGAGUCAGUUUCCUAGUGCUUUGUGUCAUAUGGUCGGAUUUGCUAACGCGUUCAUUCCUUGGCUGGGAAGACUUGCUUUUCGGUGAGAAGGGGUCUACGCUCUACUUCAUAACUUAUCUCACUGCGUACAACUCUAUCUCCGUCUCGUGGGAGCCGAACUUUCUCGGAGCGGCCGAGUUGAUGCCUACAGAUGUGAGAGGCCAAACAACAGCGAUGCUAAACAUCAUCUCUCGGCUAGCGAACGUGUUCGCUUCUCAAGUGAUCUAUUUUAGAAUGAUUUACGAACCUGCAAUACUGAUACUACUCAUUAUUUCAAAUGUAACAAGUUUCGUGGUGACUAUUAAGUGGUUAAAGGGAACGAAAAACAUUAACUUGGAAGGCAUUGGUGGUAGUGCAAAGCCCAAAAACAGUGGUUUGAGGCGUGAAGACUUCAGAGAAUCUUCUCAGAACAACUCCACUGUAUGA